AUUAUGGACGAGGAAGUGAGGAUUACAUUGGUGAACUCGGACACCGAGAUCAACGCGGCAGACGAGUCCCAGGACGACACUGGACAGCAGACGACCAGAGCAAUGGCGGGAAGCGAGACUCAAAAAAUAGAAUCAGACGUCUUCAUUCUGAUGGGCAAGGACGUAAGAGAUGAUUUGGUCGAUAACGAUGAGAGGAGCGACGACGAUGAAGAUGACGAAAGUGACGAUGAACCGCUUCGAGAUAAAUUUAUAUUGGAGGAGAGCCAGGACCCCUCCUCUAAUUUCCCAAACACAACAUCUGGGAGAGUUCGUUAUAUGGUGGGUAGAGUUAUGGAGCACAUCGCCUUCCAUCUGUUGACGAUUCUGUUGAUUCUCCUAGAUCUUUCUAUUGUGAUAACGGAUCUAGCGGCGGGGGAUUCAGCUCACCAUCACGAACAGCUGGAACUCUGUAGUAGGAUUAUCAUCAUUUACUUCACUUUGGAAGUCAUGCUCAGGAUCUUCUAUAAAGGGGAUGACUUUUUCCGUCAUUGGGCUGAUAUUUUGGAUAUGAUUGUUGUGUUUGGAACCUUCAUCAUAGAUUUCACUCUUAGUGGCUACGCACGAUUAGGUAUCAUUGGACGAAUGGUGCGGAUUAUCCGGGGAUUAAGAGGUGUUUACAUUAUGUACUCGGAGUACCGCCUGUUUAAGAGAGCCACAAGGAGGGUCGUGUCCCAAAACAAAAGGAGGUACAGGAAAGAAGGAUUUGAUCUAGACCUUUGUUAUGUUACAGAGCGAGUUAUUGCCAUGUCCUUCCCAUCUUCAGGCAUGCGCUCUCUAUACAGGAACCCUAUCAGAAAGGUUGGGAAAUUUUUGGAUAAAAAGCAUUCCAACCACUACAAGGUCUAUGACUUGUGCAGUGAGCUGACAUACAAUAGAGAUGUUUUCCACAACAGAGUGGAAAAAGUUCGAGUAGAUGACCAUAAUGUUCCCAGACUCAAGGAUAUGGUCAACUUCUGUGCAGAUGUAAAAGACUGGUUAAAAGCUGAUGAGAAGAACGUUAUUGCUGUUCAUUGUAAAGGUGGAAAAGGGCGAACAGGGACCAUGAUUUGUACCUGGCUAAUCCACACUGAACUGUUUGAACAGGCUCAGGAGAGCUUGAACUAUUUUGGAGAACGACGGACAGACAGGCGGGAAGGGAGUAUGUUCCAGGGGGUAGAGACACCAAGUCAGAGCCGUUAUGUCGAAUAUUAUGAGAAAGUGAAAUGGGAUCUUGGUGGAAAAUUACCUCCUAUUCGAAGAAUUCGAAUCUCCUCCAUACACAUAACUUCAAUAAAAGGUAUAGGCAAGGGUAACGGGUCUGAUCUCAGUCUGCAGAUCUGGCUGGGAGACAAAAAGUGUGGGGAAUGGAAAUUCAGCAACCCAGAACACGUCCAGAUGUUAUACUCAAAAGAGGAGGAUUACAUUGAGAUUACAUUAUUACAUUGCCCUCCUCUCUCAGAAGACGUCAAGUGCCGUUUUAUAUCUACAUCUAGAAACAUUCCAAAAGUUUACGAUAACUGCGCAUUUUAUUUCUGGUUCCAUACAGCUUUUAUUGAGAAAAAUAGAUUACAUUUACCUCGGGAUGAAAUAGACAAUCCACAUAAGAAACGAGCCCAGAAAGCAUUCAGAGAAUCAUUCAGCAUCACAGUGAACUUCAAAGGGAGAUAAUGUCUAAAAUUAAAAGAGAGAUAACAGUCUGAAAACCUAAUCUUG